AUGGACGACGACUUUGUGGACUACUCUGACUCCAAUUCAGAACCUCUCCUCGAUACCCCUGCAGCUCGAAAAUCCAAGCAAAAGGGCCCCGAUGCAGCCGCCGGUGCAGCGGGAGAGGAUGCUGCAAAACCACGCACAAAAGAAUCGCACUACACGACCGAGGAAGCUCGCGAGGCGGCAUUGCGCAGGGAGUUGGAGAGCGUGCGCAAUGUGAACAAAGUCAUCGAAGGUGUAGUUGAAAGCCUCGAGAAAGCAAAAAACAACAUGGACACCGUCUCGCACACCGUUCACAACGCAUCGACACUGCUCCAGACAUGGACACGCAUCCUCUCUCAAACAGAACACAACCAGCGUCUGAUUUUGAACCCCCAAUGGCAAGGAGCGACUCAAGAUCUUGCCGACAUACAGGACGAAGAGGCUCAGCGACAGCACGCCGCCGAACGCCGGGCCGCUGAGGAGGAGAGAAGAAAAGAAGCGGCCGCAAGGAAAGCGGAAGAAGAUCGGAGGAAAGCCGAGGCAGCUUCUAAGACGGGGACCAGAGGAAGAGGACGGGGAAGUGUCAGAACAAGGGGCGUACCCAGUUCUGGCUAUGGAGUCAGCAGACAGACGGGGCAGGGAGUCAACCGCAGUGGCUCUACUCGCGGACGCCCAGCAAGUGGUAUAGGACGGGGCUUGCGAGGCCGCGGAAGAGGUACUGCGUCGUGAGACUUGGUGAUAGAAAGAAGGAGGCGGUUGAAGAGAGAUAAAAACAUGAUACCCGACCAGGCCCGCAAU